AUGUUCAAUUGGUACGAGUCGACUUGCUGUAGCCCCGAUGUCGUCUUCCUCGACGGUCUCAACGUCCCCUAUUGUCAAUCUUGCGGAGAAAUUGCUGCUGUGGACAAAGCUAAGAACGCGGCGCUGGAUGGAACAUUAUCCCAGCCGCCAUCAACGGCCAAUUUCGAACUCUGCUGGCCGUCUUCGCUGCCAUUUGUAGAAGAUGGCAAAGCUAAUCAGCUCGGUGUGGAAAACGAGUUGCCUACGGUGGCGACAGGCUCCUCUUCCAACACAACCGACAAAUACCAGCCUUCCUCGUUCGACUCUAUUCCGGCAAACGCUGGUGGCCUUGGAGAAGCUUCCGCCACGUCUUCGUAUGAGCCCCUUUUUGCACGAAGGAUUCGCAUACUUCGACUGUUUCCUGGGGCGUACGGUGACCCUAUAAGGGGUGAGCUACGCACCAUGGAUUUGGCAUACAAGCCAGAGUAUGAGGCCCUGUCAUACACCUGA